GGUCAAUUCAAUAACAAAUUGAGGAAGAAAGGUCUGUUCCUUGAUUCGUGAAAAUUCUGCAAAUUGGUAGUUUCGCUCGUAAAGUGUCAGUUCAUCUAAAUAUAUCAAAAAUGGCAAAGUAUAAGAUUGUUAUGGUCAGACAUGGAGAGAGCGAAUGGAAUCAACUUAAUUUGUUCUGUGGUUGGUAUAACGCCGAAUUGUCAGAUAAGGGUCGUCAAGAGGCUGUUGAAGCUGGAAAGGCAGUAAAAGAAGCUGGAUUAAAAUUCGAUGUUGCACAUACAUCAGUUUUGAAGAGAGCUAAUUUAACACUCGACUCAAUUUUGGCUGAAUCUGGACAAACUGGAAUUCCAAUUCAAAAGACAUGGAGAUUAAAUGAACGUCAUUAUGGUGGAUUGACUGGAAUGGACAAAGCUGAAACUGCCAAAAAAUUCGGUGAAGAUCAAGUCAAAAUCUGGCGUAGAUCUUUUGAUAUUCCACCACCACCAAUGGAUACUGAACACAAAUAUUACAAGGCUAUUGUUGAAGAUCCAAUCUACAGCAAUGGACCAUCAAAAGAAGAAUUUCCAAUGUUUGAGUCAUUGAAGCUUACCAUUCAACGUACUCUUCCUUAUUGGAAUGAUGUCAUUAUUCCACAAUUGAAGGAAGGCAAAAAAAUCAUCAUUGCCGCUCACGGAAAUAGUUUAAGAGGCAUUGUUAAGCAUCUUGAUGAAAUGAGCGAUGAGGCCAUUAUGGGACUCAAUUUGCCAACUGGAAUCCCAUUCAUUUAUGAACUCGAUGAAAACUUCAAGCCUGUUGUUUCAAUGAAAUUCCUUGGCGAUGAAGAAACUGUGAGAAAAGCUAUGGAAAGCGUUGCCAAUCAAGGAAAGGCUAAAUAAAUUAUCUCAAGUACUCCUCUCAAACUUAUCACAUAAUUUAUUCAAUUUCAAAAGUUAAGGAAUCUUAUAAGUGUUUAAAUUUCAUGCCACCUUUUAUGUUGAUAGAUGUAAAAGCAGGAUAUUAAUUGAACAAAAUCAAUAAAAAAUACCUAUUACA